AUGUCAAUCCGCACCGCAGUCCACGAAUCCUUGCCCUACAUCGACACGGAACCGACGCCUGAGCAGCGCGCCGCCGCCGAGGCCCUGAUCGCGGCCGAGCUGUCGACGAUCGACACGUCGGACGAGCCGUCGGGCCUGCCGGCGCUGCGCGAGCCCAGCCUCAGCCCGCUGGCGGCGCAGGAGCAGGAGCGCGUGGCGGCCAAGCAGCCGCUGGCGGCGAUCGACCUGUCGCGGUACGAGGACCUGGACGAGCCGGCGGCGGGGGCGCCGGCCGAGGAGUGGCAGCGGGCGCUGGCGUGGGCCUACACCAUGUCGACGUACCUCGAGGGCCGGCACGCGCACCUGGCGCUGCUGGAGCGCUUCGGCAAGAACGCCUGGCUCGUGGGCAACUGGCAGGCCGAGGCGCAGCUCGCGGGCCUCGAGCGCGAGCUCGCCGACGUCAAGCGCCAGAUCGAGCUUGUCAACCACGCCCGCCGCCGCGCCCAGGAGGCCGUCGGCGGCGAGCUGCAGGGCCUCGAGGACACGUGGAAGCGGGGCGUCGGCAGGGUGCUGGAGACGGAGAUCGCGGUCGAGGGACUGCGGAAAGACGUGCUGGAGAGGCGGCGGGCGGUGGGCGAUGGUGGCGACUGA